AAGGCUGUCGACGUAAGGACGCAUAACUGGACGCGUCAUGAAUAUGUAUGAGGGAGUUUUGUAAGCGGUCACGUUGCGUUGCGGCAUCAGAACGCCAGAGUCGGUCAGUGAGCAUCAUCUCUCUCUACGUCCUCUCAGCUUUCACACGCAAACCAGGUUGUUUUGAGCAGCAGUCAUCAUGACACAUCAGUACCCAGCACUCACCACUGAGCAGAAGAAAGAGCUGCAGGAAAUCGCCCAGCGCAUUGUCGCGCCCGGCAAAGGCAUCCUCGCUGCGGACGAGUCCACAGGCAGCAUGGCCAAGCGCCUGAACCCCAUCGGUGUUGAGAACACGGAAGAGAACCGCCGUCUGUACCGCCAGCUCCUCUUCACGGCAGAUGAGCGCAUCGACAAGUGCAUCGGCGGCGUCAUCUUCUUCCACGAGACACUUUACCAGAACACAGAUGAUGGCACUAAUUUCACCAAGUUGAUCAAGGACAGGGGCAUCGUAGUGGGCAUUAAGGUCGACAAAGGUGUCGUUCCUCUGGCAGGAACCAACGGAGAAACCACAACUCAGGGGCUGGACGGCCUGUCCGAACGCUGCGCUCAGUAUAAGAAGGACGGCGCCGACUUCGCCAAGUGGCGUUCUGUGCUGAAGAUCAGCGAGACCACUCCCUCAGAACUGGCCAUCAUGGAGAACGCCAAUGUCCUGGCUCGCUAUGCCAGCAUCUGCCAGCAGAACGGCAUCGUGCCCAUCGUGGAGCCCGAGAUCCUGCCUGAUGGUGAUCAUGACCUCAAGCGCUGCCAGUAUGUCACAGAGAAGGUUCUCGCCGCCUGCUACAAGGCUCUGUCCGACCAUCACGUCUACCUGGAGGGUACGCUGCUCAAACCCAACAUGGUGACCGCCGGACACGCCUGCCCCACCAAAUUCUCCAGUGAGGAGAUCGCCAUGGCAACAGUCACUGCCCUGCGCCGCACCGUUCCUCCAGCAGUCACGGGCGUCACCUUCCUUUCUGGAGGCCAGAGCGAAGAGGAGGCAUCCGUUAACCUGAACGCCAUCAACAACUGCCCCCUGACCAAGCCGUGGGCGCUCACCUUCUCCUACGGCCGUGCUCUGCAGGCUUCAGCUCUUGGCGCCUGGCGCGGGCUCAAGGAGAACACGAAAGCUGCCACAGAGGAGUUCAUCAAGCGUGCCGAGGCUAACGGUCUGGCCGCUAAGGGAAAGUACGUGUCCAGCGGAACCGGCGGAGCCGCAGCACAGUCCCUGUACGUGGCCAACCACGCCUACUAAAAA